AAAGGGGUAUAAAGAGGAGAGAGGAACAGAAUCAGAUGGGUGGGAUUUGUUUUUAUACUGACGUGUCGUAAAACUAGCAAAAACGCAGCAAUCCACACUCCUAUACGAGCCAAAAAUGCCACGAACACUGUAUUUAUCCACAAAUUUAUGCCCAGAAAUCCACUCCUACAUUACUUCCCCAACACCGCUUCACAACAUCUCUCUCCAAUACUCUCCCCGUUUUGCUUUAUCACCCACCGUCGUACUCUACGCAUGGAGCCUACCGGAACCAUCGUUUUCUCCACCGUCGGCCGAUGUAACUACGGCUUCGACAUCUUCUCCGUCAAGCUUCCUCCGACCUUCUUCGACGAUGACGACGAUGACUCUUGCAUCAAUGAACGCUGUCUGACUGAUGGAGUCUCUGUUAAUUACAAUGGCCAGUUUGUGGACGAUGAAGAAAGUCUGGUUUUCAUUUCCGAGAGAUCCGGUUCGCCUCAAGUGUUUAUGACCCGACCCGGUAUGAUGCCCGGGUCCGAGAUGCUUCCUUCUCCGCCGGACAGUUUGUUUCACGACCGUCCAGCGAUUAAAGGUCAGAAACUCUAUUUCAUUUCAGCUCAUGAAAAGCCUGAUAAGCCAUUUAAGAGUUGGUCUGCUCUGCAUUCGGCCCCGCUUGGUGAAGGGAAGGUUAGGCGGCUGACGCCGCCGGGUUCCGUCGAUUACAGCCCGGCGGUUUCGGGUAGUGGGAAAUGGGUUGCCGUGGCUUCGUACGGGUCUCGUUCAUGGGAAGGUGAGUUUCAUGAAUUGAAGACGGAUAUUGUUGUCUUCCCAGAUUCCGAUCCGAAUGCCCGGAUUACUGUUUGCCAACAUGGAGGCUGGCCAACUUGGUCCGGUGACUCUACCAUCUAUUUCCACCGUCAAGCCGACGAUGGAUGGUGGAGCGUUUUCCGGGUCGAUCUGCCCCCUGAAUCAGAGCUCUCUGGAGCUCCGUUUUUACCCAUUCGGGUUACCCCUCCUGGGAUUCACUGCUUCACCCCCGCGACGAUGCACAAUGCCAGCAAAAUCGCCGUUGCAACUCGCCGGCGGGGAAAAGAUUACCGCCACAUCGAAAUUUAUGAUAUCCAAUCCAGAAAGUUCCACCCCGUCACCGAACUGUUGAACCCGAAUUUUCACUGCUACAAUCCGUUUUUCUCUCCGAGUUCUUCCUUUCUCGGGUACCACCGAUUCCGGGGCGAGUCGGUUCAGCACGGCGAGUCAAUUAUUCCACACCUUGAACGAGUAAGCUCUCCCGUCAAUGGGCUGAAGAUGUUAAGGAUAAACGGUUCAUUUCCUUCGUUUUCACCCUCCGGCAAUUUCAUCGGAUUCAAUCACGAGCUCGAGUCCAAAGUCGGGUUGAAGGUCCUGAAAUCGGACGGGUCAAGAAGAUGGCUCUUAGCCGUCAAUCGCUCAACAUUUUCAGUAUCAUGGAGCCCCGUUGCAGAUAACGUUAUAUUCACAUCAGUCGGGCCCAUUUUCGCGUCGUCGGAAACGACUGUCCAGAUUGCCCGGGUCACGUUUGAUGCAACAAAUUUCACAGAUGACCGGGAGGAAAUUCCGGCGGAAACUAAACUCCUAACGAAGGAAGGAACCAGCAAUAAUGCCUUCCCGUCCUGCUCGCCGGACGGAAGAUUUAUCGUUUACCGGUCAGGUCGUUCGGGGCACAAGAACCUGUACAUUAUUGACGCCGUUAACGGAGAAUUCGACGGCGGGAGCAUCCGUCAGUUGACGAACGGGCCGUGGAUCGAUACGAUGCCGAGCUGGUCACCUGACGGGAAACUUAUUGCGUUCUCAUCAAAUAUGGAUAAUCCAGCUGACCCGGCUCACUUCAGUCUGUAUUUGAUAAGACCAGAUGGAUCGGGUUUACGCAGGAUCCGUUUAGAAGGUGUGGAGGAUACAGAUGGGUUUAGUCAAGAGAGGCUGAACCAUGUAUGCUGGAGUGGUGACUCAGAGUGGCUGGCGUUCACCGCCAACUUGGCCGGAGUGACGGCGGAGCCAGUGUCGGUUCCGAACCAGUACCAGCCGUACGGGGAUUUGUUUGCGGUUAGGGUGGACGGGUCCGGGCUAAGGAGGCUGACGUGGAAUGGAUAUGAGAAUGGGACGCCAGCAUGGCACCCGAGCGGCAGUGACGUGGAAUUUGAUAUACAAAGGUUGAAUUUGAAGGAUGCGCAAUUAGUAGGUGAUAAGUUGACUGGAAAAUUUGAUGAGCCUUUAUGGUUGCAUUGUGAUAUUUAUUAGAGUUUUUUCUUUUCAUGUAUUCGGAAAAUGUAAUAAAUGGGCAUGUAGCAUAAACUUUCUUUUUUAUUUUUAAAGAAAGAAAGAAACUUGUAUUCCUUCUGUCCCAAAAUUAUUGUUCAGUUUGAGAUUUCACUUUUAA